CUGUAAGCUAACUUGCCUUUACAGCAUAAAUAUUUUUCUAUUCCAUUUUACAGUUAUCAACUUGUUUACGUUAUUGUUAUUUUGUAUUACAUAUUUGAUUAAAAUUAUAUUAAAUUAUCAGAAAACUUACAUGAACAACUCCCAAUUAAUGAAUUAUGGUACGUAAUAAGCAUCUAACAAGAAGUAAACUUCGUAAAUGCCUUUAACUAACCUAAUUGUUAUAUAAUUACUAUUAUACUGAUUUUCUGUUUACAAGUUAAAACUAAACCAUGUUUGAUUUUGAUUAUCUUGACCAAGACGAAGCCUAUGAUCCCGGAUAUUACGAUGACCCUCCUCCGAAGAAAAAACGUAAUCGUAAUCCAAAAGGUAAACUUUUCAAAUGCGAAGUCUGUACCAAAGUUUUAUGUGACAAUAGUAGCUUGAUGAGGCAUAGACUCAUUCACACUGAAGAAUUAACCGGGCAACCAAGAGAGAAACCUUUUGUUUGUAAUGUUUGUGGUAAAGGUUACACCGAGAAGUCUACGUUGAGAAAACAUAAAAUCAAUCAUGUUGUUGCAAGGCCUGAGGAAUGUACAAUCUGUGGUAGAGGUUUUUAUGAUAAAGGAACGUUAAAGCGACACAUUAGAACUAUUCACGUUGACGAAAAACCUCAUGCGUGUGACCAGUGUGACAGACGUUUUUACAGGCUUUAUGAUUUCCGUAAUCAUUAUCGUAUGCAUACUAACGAGAGGCCAUUUAGCUGUGACGUAUGUCCGAAAAAGUUUACAACUAAAAGUAACCUAAAUAAGCACUUGUGGGUUCACAAAGAAGAAAAGCCUUAUGUUUGUGAUAAAUGUGACAGAGGUUUUGGACAUUUAAAAACUUUAAAGUACCAUAAAUAUACUCAUGAUGACAAAAAGCCAUUUCCAUGUGAUCAGUGUAAUAAAAGUUUUAUUAAAGUUUUUCAAUUAAAUGCACAUAAGAUGUCCCAUAUGAAUAAAAAGCCUUUUUAUUGUGAUAUCUGUGAUAAAGGUUUUACUUUGCGUCAAACUUAUGUUGAGCAUUGCAAGUAUCAUAAUGGUGAUAAACCAUAUGAAUGUAAUGUAUGUUCAACACGUUUUAGCACUAGAUCUAAUGUUUUGAGGCACAAACGCAAAAAACAUGGUGAUUCUGAGCUAUCUAAAGAAACGAACGAAUCUAAUAAGCGUAGACGAAAAUUUAAUAAGCCUGACGCAUACACUUGCGAUAUAUGUUAUAAAACCUUUCAUGACAGUUAUAAUCUUUCUAAUCAUAAGCGUCGUAAACAUAACAAUAAUGAGAAAUUUAAACAGCUCUAUGAGUGCGAUAUUUGUCUAGGACUAUUUCAUGAUGAAUCGGAAUUUAUGGAUCACCUUUUAAAACAUGAUGAAGAGAAUAUUUUUCCUUGCAACGUUUGUGAAGAAGAAUUCUCUGCAGAAGAAGAUCUCAAUUUGCAUUGCUUAAAUCAUAAACUCGAAGCAAGUGGUUCAGAAAAAAAAUUGACUAAUAUUCCAGCGUUGCGUUCAUUUGUAAUGAGUACAUAUAGUGACGACAGCGAAGAUGAUGUAGGUGAUUCGGAUGAAUCUGUUAGCAGCUCAAAUUAUCAAACUUAUACUAAUACUAAAAAAACACCACCUACCUGUACAACACCAAAUAUACAUUACAUUGUGUUAAAAAAAGAAGAUACUAAUUGACUAAGUUAAACAAGGCUGUAUUGGAUAGAUAAUAGCGAGAAAGAAAAAUUACUUUUUGUGUUGUUUAUCCUCCGAGACUGAAUUUUUUUUUGUAUUUGCACAGAUUAUUUAAUAACAAUGUUAAUCAUUUGAGACUAAUUAGUAUUUUCAAUCAAAUCAAUAAUUCUUUGUUUUUUAAAUUUUAAAAAAAAUUCUUAUUCUGUUAGUUGAGUGAUUCAUAUUGUGUAAAUGAAAUAUCUAAUAUAUAAUAUUUAUUAUCACUUGUAUAAUAUAAUUAUAUUCUCUAAAUUAUAAAUGGUUUAUAAAAAAAAAAACUACAAAAUUGAUAAUAUAGGAAAUAAUCAGAUACCUUCUAUCGUAUCUAGGAAGUACACUCUGUGGUCCUCAAAUGGUCUGUGUAUAACCCUGUACCUAGCAAUUAAACAUUAAUUGGAAAAGUUAUCAUUAAAUACUUUAUAACUCUUUUUCAAAUUAACUUUAAUAACUUUUAAAAAAACUCUAGAAUUAAAUUCGAAAUGUUAAGAUAAGACAAAAGUUUUAAAUCUUAACAGUUUUUUAUUUUUUUUAAAGAAAAUCUUAAGUAAUCAAUGAUAUAGAAACUGAAUUCAUUUCGGCUUUCUAACUGCUAAUUUUGUUUUCUUAGUUGUUCUUCCUAAAAGUUAUGUACCCUUAUUGUACAACUUAGUUCAUAUUAAAUAUUGUUGAAAAUAUAUAUUGUUAAUGCUGGCUAUAGGUAGGACUUGAUUGCUUUCCUAUAUUACACAACAAACUUUUUAAUGUUUUCAAUUGUUACUCUAUUUUGAACUGUUGCUAAACUAUGUUGAGCCCUUUUAAAUAUUUUCUUCAACAAAGCCCCUUGGAAAAUUCAUAACUCAUAAACUCUGUAGAUUUCUACUUAAAGUUACAGACCAAAGUUAUUAUUAUUACUAAAGUAUUAUCUUUUCAAAUUUUGAUUUACCAAUAUUAUAAAUGAUAAUUUUUUAUUAUUGCUGAUGUGGACUGACUAGAGUUCUUGUAAUGCAGGCAAAACUCUGGCAAAUGCCUUACAUUUACGACAGCUCUGUCGUGUGUGGAAAAGAUUUUCAGCAAGAGAAUUAUUGUACAAACUUUUUUAGAAACCUUAACUGGUUGAAUUGUUAUAAAAGGCAUGCUAAUAAAAAGGCUAAACUGUUUUUAUUUUUAUUAAUUUAUUAGAACUUCGAUAAUUCAUUUCUUUAAUAAAUACAUGUAUAUUCUGCUAUAUAAAAGUAUGAUUGAAUUGAAGGAAAUAAAAAGUUUUUAAAUUUUA